AUGAUCAACUGGAACAAGUUCAAGGACCCUCAUUCAGCUGAAUCUGCAUGCCUUAGCGAUACGGUCUACCCGCUCAGUCAGAGUAUCGUAGCUAAGGUCGAGCCCGUGGACCAUACUGGUAUCCUUAUGAGCAGUGAUAUGCUUCUGAAUGCCGAUGACAGGCGCUUCGCUCUUGCCCAGUCAUCUCCCUCCAGACGAGUAUACGAUUUCCGCACCAACAAGGUCAACGCUAUAGACGGAGCGAUUGUCUGUCUCAGCAACUACAUUGACCGGCGGGAAGCAUCCUACAAUCUUCCUGCACCGCCGUUGCGAUAUCCUGAAAGCAUCAGGCAAGAUCUUGCGGGCAUGCCAGCCCUUCCACUGGACCAAGAUCAGAUUUCUGAGUGCUGUCUCUCACCCUCACCACCACCGGUCCAGCUCAUAAAUCACGGAUACAUCCAAAGGAGCUCCGACCAAAGCACAGCGCAUCCUACCAGUAUCACCUCUGUCGCCUCAUCAAAAGCGUCCUCAACCAACUUCUCCUUCGCAUCAACCUCUUAUAAGGCCUCCACAGCUCCUACCAAUAUCUCUCAUGGUCUCUCCAUAGCCGACCUCAUCCAUCCACCCCUGGUCAUCCCUCCCCCGUCAACGAGACUGUCAUCGCCUAUGACACCCGACCCGGAAGUGGACUACGAUACGCACAACCACCAUCUACCAAAUCAAGCCUUCCUGCAAGCCACCCUCGCUUCUAUUCGUUCCAGCCGCGGGAUCAGCGAAAGCCGCUACUCCCUAAAUACCCGGCGACCCCGAAUCUCAAGCCCGCCUCUUGGCUGCGCCAGGGGACGAAGUCUGAAGAUGGUGCGGAUGCGGCGGUCCAGUCGGACGAGGAGAUCAAAGCAGGCCGCGGCCCAUUGUCUUGGUGACUCAACGACCGCCUCUUCCACCUUAGAAGGGCAAUCAUUUAAUUCUAGCCAGCCUCGAAUCCAAGAUCACGAAACCCUACCACCUUCCGUUGAGCCCGACGCGUCGGUUUCGCAUCCAGCACACCACCAAGGUGCGGCUUCCACAUUACCUUCGCCGCUUGAGGCACAGGUGGUCCCAUCGAAACCAAUGCAUGCUACCCCGACAUCGCUUGAUCGAUGGUGGCACGCUGAACGUCUUCGCCACAGCUGUGACGAGUACGCCGAUCAAGGGAUCUCAUCUUCUCCUCCUGAAGUCCUACCAGCUACACUUAGCGGUCUACAACGGUCAGUUGUACCAGGCCUCGACUUCUCCCGCGAAGGAACGUACGACAAUGGACACCAUCCAUUAGCGGAGCCUGAGGGCGCAAUAGAAGCUGAUGACGACGUUGCCAGCCAGGGCUACUCAACAGGACCCGAACACGGACUUUACGCGUAUACGCGCGACUGGCCCAAUCUGCGCUUCACCUCGCCUCGCGCCAAGAGCUAUGGGUACAUUGCAGGGGACGUGCCAGGUGCAAGAGAAAGCAAGAUACGCACGCGCGGCCGAGUGCGGGAGCGUACGCGUGGACGCUCAAAAGAAGCAAAGGGCGGUCAAGAAGAGGACAGGCCGAGAGUGGUCAGUGGGGUGAAGCGGCAGAGGGAUGACAGCUCGGGCGGACGAGAAGCGGAAGGCUGUGCGAGCAAGGCGAAGCACAGAGCAAGAGAACGCCAAGAAACGGUGCAGGGCAGGAGGGACUCUACACAACGACUACAGUUACCGGCGGGCAUAGAUGACGAAGCUCUCAACGAAGACGACUUGAGAGACAUCCGCGAGGCGCAAAUGUUGGCAGAGAGGUGGUGGAAGGAUACCUGA